AUGGGGACCCCCCGUGUCCCUGCACGCACUGUGCUCUUCAAGCGGGAGAGGACCGGUCUGACAUACCGUGUGCCUGCGCUGCUCCCCGUCCCCCCUGGGCCCAUCCUGCUGGCCUUUGCUGAGCAGCGGCUCAGCCCUGAUGACUCUCAUGCCCACCGCCUGGUGCUUCGGAGGGGGACGCUGGCCAGGGGCUCUGUGCAGUGGGGCGGCCUGCGUGUGCUGGGGACGGCGGCCCUGGAGGAGCACCGCUCCAUGAACCCCUGCCCUGUGCACGAGGCGCGCACAGGGACUGUUUUCCUCUUCUUCAUCGCGGUGCUCGGCCACACGCCCGAGGCCGUGCAGAUUGCCACCGGCCGCAAUGCCGCCCGUCUCUGCUGCGUGACCAGCCGCGACGCUGGCCUCACCUGGGGUGGCGCCCGGGACCUCACCGAGGAGGCCGUGGGCAGCGAUGAGCAGGACUGGGCCACGUUCGCCGUGGGUCCCGGCCACGGCGUGCAGCUGCGCUCCGGCCGCCUGCUGGUGCCGGCCUACACCUACCGCGUGGACCGCCGCGAGUGCUUCGGCCGCAUCUGCCGGACCUCCCCCCACGCUUUCGUCUUCUACAGCGACGACCUUGGCCGAAGCUGGCACCACGGCGGCCUCGUGCCCAACCUGCGCUCGGGGGAGUGCCAGCUGGCGGCCGUGGAAGGCGGCCCGGGCGGCUCUGUGCUCUACUGCAAUGCCCGGAGCCCUCUGGGCAGCCGUGUGCAGGCGCUCAGCGCCGACGAAGGCACCUCCUUCCUGCCUGGGCAGCUCGUGCCCCUGCUGGCAGAGACCUCCCGUGGCUGCCAGGGCAGCGUGGUGGGCUUCCCAGCCCCGUGCCCCAGCAGGCUUCGGGCAGGGGCCUGGCCGGUGGAUGCCAGGAGCCACCCCCAUCCUCCAAGCUCUGGUCCCAGAGUCCAGGAGCCCCUGGAAGAGGGUGCCGAAGACCCCCGUGAGGUGGCGGGGGGCUGUGGGGAUGGCCCAGGGGAGCCUGGCCCGGGGCCUGGGCUCGGUGGGGAUUGCGCGGCUUCCGAGGCCCCCACUCCGAGCCCCACGUGGCUGCUCUAUUCCCACCCGACGGGGCGCCGGGCUCGCCUCCACAUGGGUGUCCGCCUCAGCAGGGCUCCCCUGGACAUGAACAACUGGUCGGAGCCCUGGGUGAUUCACGAGGGGCCCAGCGGCUAUUCUGACCUGGCGGCUCUCCCAGGCCCACACGAGGGAGACCCGGCUUUCGCCUGCCUCUAUGAGAGUGGGGUGCGGGUCUCCUACGAGGAGAUCUCCUUCAGCCUGUUCUACCUGAGCGACGUGCUGGACAACGUCCCCCCUGGGAAGCGGUGUGCGCGCUGCCUGCCCUCCUGA